GGUGAGGCGCGGGGGCGGCCUGGUGAAGCUGCCGGAGGGGCCCGGGAGCUCCCCUCAGCGCCGCGCCCCCUCCCUGACAGGCCUCGGGGGAGGUGUCUCGUGACGAGUCGCGACACUCAGCGCGGACAGGGGGGGCUGUCGCGGUGGGCAGGGCGGCCUGCUUUCCACCACCAAUCCCCCCCCCUUCUCCGGUCAUACCCGGGGAGGCCCGCGGUGCGCCGGGCUCGCCCCCGUCCAGGCCCAAGGAGGCGGCCCCGGCCCUCGGGUGUCGCCGGGCCGGGGAGUUGCGGGUGCCGCGGCCGGGCCUUGGCCAGGUGCGGGUCCCCGACCCCUCGUCGUCUCUUGACAAAGGAAGUGCGGGCGUCAAAACCGCUUCUCCCGUCCCGCUGACACCUGGUUGACUCCUCACUGCACUGUGAAAACCAUUAGGAAAAAGUCCUUGGGGUUAAAACCUGGGGCUCCACAGUGUUACCUGCACUUGGGGCUAGAAAUUAAUUUAAAUGGCGACUGAUCUGUCUGAAGCUGAACCCGUGCAUCAUAAGGCGCUUCCACUCUUAACGGGAGCUCAGCUGAUCCACACGGACAAGUUAAGUGAGAAAGUUGAAGACGACACAAUGCCGAUCCGUCGCUCGGUGAAUUCUUCUUCCCGGGAAACUCCUCCCAAAAGCAAACCUGCUGAAGGUGAAGAGGUCAAAGCGGAUGCAGAAGUCACCUCUGAGGAAUCUGCCUCUGUUGGAGAAGAACAAGAGAAUGAAACCCUGCCUGCUGCAUCUGGUGAAGCAGAACAGCCAAAGGAACCUGAGAAUGAAGGGAAGGGGGAAACAAAGUCCUCAGAAGAAACCAAAAAGGACGAGAAGGAUCAGUCUAAGGAAAAGGAGAAGAAGGUGAAAAAGACCAUUCCUGCAUGGGCUACUCUUUCUGCUAGCCAGCUAGCUAGAGCACAGAAGCAGACUCAGAUGGCUGCCACCUCACGUCCCAAAAUGGAUGCUAUUUUAACUGAGGCCAUCAGGGCAUGCUUUCAGAAGAGUGGUGCAUCGGUCGUUGCAAUACGUAAAUACAUUAUCCACAAAUACCCUUCCCUGGAGCUUGAGAGGAGAGGCUAUCUUCUAAAGCAAGCAUUGAAAAGGGAGCUGGAGAGAGGAAUCAUUAGACAGGUGAAAGGAAAGGGAGCUUCUGGGAGCUUUGUAGUGGUGUCUAAUGCAGGAAAAACUGUUCCAAAAGCCAGAGACAGAAAGAAAAGCACUUCCACUUCGACUGCAGAGCAACAAGUCAAGCUGGAAGAUAUCCUGCCACUGGCUUUCACCCGCCUCUGUGAGCCGAAGGAAGCUUCUUACAGCCUGAUCAAGAAAUAUGUGUCUCAGUAUUACCCCAAACUCAAAGUAGAUAUAAGACCCCAGCUGUUGAAGAAUGCCCUGCAGAGAGCUGUAGAGAAGGGCCAGUUAGAGCAGAUCACAGGGAAGGGAGCAUCUGGGACAUUCCAGCUGAAGAAAUCAGGGGAGAAGCCCCUGCUGGGUGGGACUCUGAUGGAAGAUGCCAUCCUGUCUGCUAUUGCGGCCAUGAACGAACCGAAGACCUGCUCCACCACAGCGCUGAAGAAGUAUAUCCUGGAAAACCACCCAGGGACCAACUCCAACUUCCAGGUGCAUCUACUGAAGAGAACCCUGCAGAAAUGUGAGAAGAAUGGCUGGAUGGAGCAAAUUUCUGGAAAGGGCUUCAGUGGAACCUUUCAGCUUUGCUUCCCUUAUUAUCCUAGCCCAGAUGUGCUCUACCCAGAGAAGCAGCAGGAUGAGGACUCUGAGGAAUCUGAUGAGGAAGAAGAGGAGGAAUCUGAGGAGGAAGAAGAAUCUGAAGAGGAAGAGUCUGAGGAGGAAGAGCCACCACCAAAGAAGAGGAUGCAGAAGAGACCACCUCCAAAAUCACGGAGCAGGGCCCCUGCCAUGAAGCGAAGAGAGUCCAAACCCAAGCCAAGAAAAACCCCCGCAGCCCGCCGGGGGAAAGCAAAGCCCCCUCCCAAGGUUAAAACCCCUGCUAAGAAAGCCAAACCAGCAGCCCCAGCCAUCAAGAAACCCUCUGGUGGCAGCUCUUCCAAGAAACCAGCAGCCAGCGGGAGGAAGGAAGUGAAACCUUCCGCCAAGGGCAAAUCCACCAUGAGGAAAUCUCUCCGGGCAAAAAAGUAAAAUUUUUCCACUGUCAGGGAAUCCCAUGGUCAAAUCCACAAUCUUGUUUUAUAAGUCAACGUGCAUUUGUAUUUUAGUUCUGAUGCUUAAACACUUCUUUAAUUUUUUUUUUUUUUUUUUUUUUCUUGAAUGAUGGGGAAAAAGCUGAAAACUAAAUCAAACCAACCCGAGCAUUUGUUAGAUCUCAAUGCUGUGCCUCAUGUCUGCCCCUCCCCCUGGAACAAGUCAUCUUUAGUUUCUGCAAUAAUUUUACGACUUUUCUAGGACAUAUAUAAUCUGUACAUUUUACGGUGUUCCUCUUGGGUUUGGGGGGGAGGGUUGGCUUUUAAAAAUUCUUCAAAGAAGAUCUUUAUAUCUUUAGACAGCAGGAACAGGAUGAUUGGGGGAAUGUGAUUCUUAAUGAGAAGGUACAACGGCAGAAGAGUCCUUCCUAGAUCCCCUGCAUGAUGAGGUCCUUAACGCUUCUGUGAAGAAGCAGUGUAUAUACAACACUUGCACUGAGUCCUGGAGGUGCUUCUUUCUGUUCGGCCAUUAGAGCGACAGGCUGAGGAGGCGGCGCAUUCGGCUCCUUCAGACCAACAAGGUUUGUUUGACGGUGAGUCAGAUCUUCAGUAAACGGAGGCUGCAGCGUCUACUGAUCGUCUGAUGCCAGAGGGGCUCCAGAAGGGGUAGUUCUCGGUUAGGCGGGUGAUUUGAAUUAGUGUUUCCACGCCACAUCUGUUACCUUAAAACCAAAAUAUAUAAAAGUCUUCUUGAAUCCAACUUUCAAAUGUUUUUAAGAGAUGAAGAGCCUGAGUUUUGUCACCUCUUGUUUACCCUUUUUUAAAGAAAAGUUGGAGAGCUAUACAAUUGCUAAUGUAGAGAUGUUGAUAAGUGAAGAACAUGCAGUUUGCUAAAAUAAAAUGAAACUAGAUUCCA